AUGAGCGAUAGUGUAAAGUUUAGCAUAUCGCUCGAUCCCAAGCAUGCAGUGGUGAUACUAGAAGUCCCUGAACUAGAUGUGGAACACGAGAGUAAUCUGGUCCUCGAUGUUUACCCUCGGGAAUGCAUCUUUACGGCUGCUCCAUAUCAUGCAAGAAUUACUCUAGACGCAGACGUAACACCAGGGAAAGCAUUCCCAGAUAAAAUAGAUUACGAGAAGAACACAGUUACCUUCCGAAUCCCGCUAGAGUCGGUAGCAACAAAAACUGAACCACCAAAGAAUUUAUUUCACUAUGGAUUUGGCCAACUUUAUCAUGGACCCCUUGUGCUGGAAAGUAGUCAGGAGCUGCGAAUGCUAGCUCAUCCCGAGCUUUAUUCCUUAACGGAUCGGAUGCAGUUGAUGCGCAAGGCAGAAGUAAAAGACUUCCAAUGCGAACACUAUGGAAUGGAUCACAUUCAGUUUCAAAUCGACAAGCUUGGUCUUACCCUGGAAGGAUCUCCUUCGGCACCUAAACUGUCCGACGACCAAAGCUAUCGCAUUCGAGUGAUAGUCGAGGAAAAGCAACGCCAACCAGAGCUAUAUACAGCGAUCGAAGAUCAUCGGGCAAUACUGCUUGGAUUGAUUGAUAUAUUACUUGCGAUUUGCUACGAUCGCUUAACGAAUGGCAACGAACUCAACGAAGCCAAUUCGCAUAUCAACAUACAACGGAUAUCUGCAACACUGUCGUUUUUCGUUGAGUUUGACAGCGUUGAAGAACUGUUGCGAUCGUUUUAUCGAAGAUCAUGCACGUAUCCGUUCUACAGGAACAAGGAAAUUUCUAAAGCGUGUGUGAACCGAUUGCUUACCAGUGCAGAAUCGUUUAAUAUACGAGAGUGGAUUAAACAUGAGCUCAUGUUUGCAUACGACGCAUUUAAAGCAACAGAUUGUGCAGUCAUGAAUCAUUAUUAUGUUAAAGAUUAUCUUCGCUACUUAGAACUCGCAUUGAACGACAAGUUGCUAGAAGAAUGUUUGAAAGACUUGGAAAAAUUGCUUGCUGAAGUGCAUCAGGAAAGCCUGGGCUUUGGUGAGGACGAAACAGUACAACAACUUUUGAUGGAAAUCAUGGGAGAAGAAGAUUCGGAUUCGACGGACUCGGACGAUUCUGACUCAAACGACGAUGAAGUGGGAAGUAGUGAUUCCGAAGCUGAUUCAGUUGUAGAAGAUGAAAACCCUAACGAGAAUGUGCUGGAAAAAUUAAUGAACUUGAAGUUAUCGGGAUAGUUUCUUAAACAUAAGACCGGCUUGAAACGUCUCAGAGAACAGACAAAAUAAAAUUUAAGAAUCUUUAGAACG